CCUAAUUUAGCCCUUUCAAUUUGAAUUGCAAAUUUACAAAGCAAUUUUAGUGAAGGUUUGGAGCAGCUAGAGAGAGACCCAUCGCCGCCUCGCCGCCCGCCGCUGCAUCCUCCAUCUCUGCCGCCGCCGUCGCCUCUCUCGCAGCUCUGGCCGCCGACCCGUCUAGCCUCUCGCCGCUGCAUCCUCAGCUCUGGCCGCCUCUCGCCGCCGACCGCCGCUGCAUCCUCCGCUCUCGUCAAGGUUUUGGCUCGGUGGAAGGCAUGUAUCUGGUUAAGUCAUCCAACACAAUUAGUUUUCGCAAUGGAUGAUGACACACCAUCAGCAGGCUUUCUGCAAGAAGAUAUGUUUCAGCCAUUGUUGAUUGCUUCGAACUCAUCUAAUCUGGAGAAGGCUUUAGAAGUUUUAGUAGAAGUUUCCAGAACUUCGGAUGGUCGCUCGAACCUUGCUUCCCGAAAUACUCUCUGCACAGUCCUGGAGCUCUGUCAAGAUCAAUUGAAUUCUUCUUCUAGUCGUCUUCUUGCAAUGUCACUGAAACUCUUGAGAAACUUAUGUGCGGGAGAGUUGACCAACCAGAACUUGUUUGUUGAACAUAAUGGAGUGGGGAUUGUCUGGAGUAUAUUGAAUUCUGUGAGCACUUCCAAUUUAGAUUAUGGGAUCAUUCGAAUGGGGUUGCAAGUUUUGGCAAAUGUUUCAUUGGCUGGGGAAAGCCAUCAGCUUGCUAUUUGGUAUCAGUUUUUUCCACUUAAAUUUAUUGAGAUUGCCAGCUUGCGGAGAAGGGAGACUUGCGAUCCUUUAUGCAUGGUUAUCUAUACAUGUAGCAAUGGGAGCGGUGCGCUAAUUGAUGAGCUUUGUGUGGAGAAAGGCUUGCCUAUCCUGGAAGAACUUGUAAGGACAGCUUCAGCAGUUGGCUUUGGAGAAGAUUGGAUAAAAUUGCUUUUGUCUAGAAUUUGCUUAGGUGAAAAUCAGUUUCUUCGACUGUUCUAUAGAUUACAUCCAGUUGGAAAUUUUGAAAAUGGUCAAGAUAUCAACUUAAGAGAUGAUCUUUUUGUGUCAGAACAAGCAUUUCUGUUGGCUAUCCUAUCAGAAACUUUAAAUGAGCAUAUUGGUGAGGUAUCAAUUUCCAAUGAUUUUGCUUUGUAUGUUCUUGGAAUAUUGAAACAAGCAGUUGGGAAUUUUGAUUGGAUGUUAAGGGGGAAUUCUGGUCUACCAACAGGAUCUGCUGUCAUAGAUGUUAUUGGAUAUUCUCUCACCAUUUUGAGAGAUACUUGUGCACACGAUGGGUAUGGACAUGUUGUCAACUCAUUAUUGUCCUCAGGACUUGUGGAGUUGCUUUUACGUUUGCUUUAUGAGCUUGAGCCUCCAACAAUAAUUCGGAAAGCAAUGAAAAAAAGUGUGGACAAAGAAGGAACUGCUUCUAGUUCCUCAAAACCCUGUCCUUACAAAGGAUUUCGGAGAGAUAUGGUUGCAGUCAUUGGUAAUUGUGCAUAUCAGAGGAAGCAUGUGCAGGAUGAGAUUAGACAGAGAAAUGGGAUAUUUUUGUUAUUACAACAAUGUGUUACCGAUGAAGAUAAUCCAUUCUUAAGAGAGUGGGCCAUCUGGUCUAUGAGAAAUCUAUUGGAAGGAAAUGCUGAAAACCAGCGGGUGGUAGCAGAAUUGGAGCUUCAGGGGUCUGUUGAUGUUCCUGAAAUUGCUGGACUUGGACUCAGGGUAGAAGUGGAUCCAAAAACUCAGCGAACAAAGCUUGUAAAUGCAUCCUGAAGAUUUCCCAAGUUUGUACCAAGAUUAGCUUUCAUGGAGCCGAUCAAGUUGACUGUGGAUAUUGAUUGUUAACCAUGCAGGUAAUCGCAGAAGAACUAUGCUCCUCCUUUAUCAUCAUAGCAACGGUAUAUGUAAGCUCUAUUCGCUUCUCCCACCUCUAAUGUUUAUAAUCCUUGGAAAAAAGAUGUAUACACUACUGAAAAAGGACAAACACAACAUGUCAGGUAUGUUGGAAACUAAGUUAGUGGCAGUGAAAGCAAGAAUUGAUUUAAAAGUGUACCUUAUUUUAUAUUCACAAAAAAAAAAAAAAAAAUAAUUGAAUGCUUUUUGUUUCUGACAAUUAUUUAGCUUCAAGGAUAACAUUACUUUAUAUGAUUAUCUCAAAUUCAGAGUUUAAAUGCCACUCUGAAACAAGCAAUGUAGGAUAAUUACAAUUAGGCAUCAUACAUGCCCUACUCCUCCUUGACAUGUGCAAAAUGGCGCCUCAGAAGAGCAUAUCCUUAUUUAUUAUACCAUUUCAGGAGUCUGUAAAUGCAAUGCAGCUUGGGUGGUUAAAAGAAAAAUGCUCUUUGUAAAUUGCCAUAACCUAACCUUGUAUUUAGGAUUGGCAAUUUUGGACAUGACCUGAUUACACGACACGAUACAAAGUUAAGCGAGUUAGGGUUGGGGUUGAUUGGGUCAUAAACGGGUCAACCUGUUUAUGAUACGAUUAUUUUCGUAUCUUAGGCGGGUCAACCUGUCUAACCCAUUUAGAUACGAAAUAACACGUUUAAUUAAACGUGUUAACGGGUUUAACCGAACACGUUAACACAAUUAUAUACGAAAUGACACGUUUAAUUAAAUGGGUUAAUGGGUUGAUCUUGACAAGUUAAUACGAUUAUACACGAAAUAACACGUUUAACAGGUGACACAGCACGACCCGUUUAAAUUAAACGGAUUAAAUAGGUUAACAGAUAACACGACACGACACGUUUAGUUAAAAUGGUCGUGUCAUGUUACACGUUUAAUAAACGUGUCGUGUUCGGGUUUAAGGAAUUUGACACGAUUAUUAAACAGGUCGUGUUCAGGUUAGCCUGAUACGUGUGUCUCAAUACGACACGAUUACAACUCGCCAACCUAAAUUGCCACCUCUACUUGUAUUGACAUUUUAUUAUGGAGUUUUUAGAUAUAUUAUUUGGUAUGAUCAGAAGCUUAAAUAUACAACAUAAAUGGAAAAUGUAGUAAUGUUGUCACGUAUAAUCAACGGAAUGUCAUAUAUAUAUAUUUAUAUAUUGGUGAUUUUCUUCACUCA